AGCGUCGUCGUUCCUCCUCAUCCAGAUCUCCUCUAGAUAUUGCAAGUAAAGAGAAAAGAAAGGAUGAAAGCUUUUGUGUGUCUUUUGCUUCUAGCUUUGUUCGUGGGUCAGUCCGUGGCUGGCCGCGAGGACGAUCGCCGCGACGAUAAGGAUCGCCGCCGAAAGUUUGAGGAUCUCAAGCUGGGCGAUCCGCGAGAGAUCUUCCGCUCCGAGGGUGGAAGAAUCCACGAGUGGGAUCCGAGGAGCAAUCCUGCUAUGUGCGAUGCCGAGAUUGGAGCUCGCAAGCUCAUUCUCGAGACGAAUGGCCUCGCGGUUCCUUUCUACAAGGAUUCCCCUGUCCUUAGUAUCAUCGUUCGAGGGAGUGCCAAGGUUGGAGUGAUCAAUCCCCUCGCUGACAAGAUUAUCGACCGAUCCACGGUGUUUCAUGUGAGAGCUGGCGACGCCAUCGCGCUUCCUCGCGGCACUGCUUCGUGGAUCUUCAACGAUGGCCAAGAGCGCACCGAGGUUUUAGAAGUUGCCGAGACGAGGAACAGCGCCCAGUGUGGUCGCUUCAAAGUGUUCUUGCUCGCUGGUGGCAAGAAGGAGAACUACGCGAGCGUUCUCCAUGGCUUCUCCAAGCAAAUACUGUCCCAUGCUUUCGAUGUGGAAGAGCAAAUCGUGGACAGCAUGCUCGAGGGCAAUGGCGUGGCGAUCAUCAAAGUUGACGAGAAGAGGAAGAUGUCUCUCCCCGGCAACACCCACAGCAACAACAUCUUCAUCGACUAUGUCUACCGCUGGUCUCACCUCCAGCCCGACGUUCGCGUCCGCGACGCCGGAGAGCUCCGCCUCCUCAAUAGCUUCAAGCUCCCGAUCCUCAAGAAGCUCAACAUGGGUGCCGCUUACCUCAAGAUGGAAGCCGGAGCUCUCACUGCGCCUGGAUGGAUCCAGAAUGCCCACAAGGUGAUGUACGUGGAGAGGGGAGAUGGAAGGGUCCAAGUUGCGCGGGACAGUGGAGAGCAAGCUCUUGACGAGCCUGUCCAGGAGGGAAGCCUUGUGAUCGUCCCUGCGAACCAUCCCUCUGCCAAGCUCGCGGGAAAGCAGGGUCUCAACUAUUACUCCAUCUUUACGAACGAUCAGCCGAUCGAGUCCUACAUGGCCGGAAGGAACUCUGUCUACCGUGGAAUUCCUCGUCAAGUCCUGUCUUCUGCAUUCCAGAUCGAUGAGAAGACUCAGCAGCAGCUCGAAGAUGCGCGAUCCGAGGAUGCUUAUAUCUUCCCUCCCAGGAAGGAGAGUCAGCCGAAGCGCCAUGGCCAGUCCAUCCUGGAUACUCUUGUGGGUGCUUUCUAAGAGAGCUUGUUCUUCGUGUUGUGGAAAAUAAUGGAGAUACGCAAUAAAAAGCUCGAAAUAUAAAUAUAUAAAACUUUUAUAUACUUUGAAA